UAAGCGACGACUCAGGCCGCCAUGGCGGAGGGCCCCGCGCCGACCGGCACCUUCCCGGGCUUCAUGAGCCAGGGCGCGCUGCUGUACCGGCGGGGCGAGUACGGCAAGGCCUUGGCCUGCUUCAACAACGCGCUGCAGCUCAGAGCCGCGGACAAGCACGGCCUCGUGGCCCGCUCGCGGUGUUACCUGAAGCUCGGAGAUGUGCAGAAUUCCCUGAAGGACGCCGAAGCUUCUCUCCAGAAUGACAAAACGUUCUCCGAGGGCCUUUACCAAAAAGCUGAGACGUUAUAUACCAUGGGUGACUUUGAAUUUGCUCUGGUGUUUUAUCACCGGGGCGGUGAACUGCGCCCGGAGCUGCAGAAGUUCAGGCUGGGCAUCCAGAAAUCCCACGAGGCGAUCAUCAACUGUAUUGGAAGUCCAUCCUCAGUGAAACUGAAGAACAAAGAGGAUCUCUGCUUUAUAAGCCAGCAGGCAGAGAGCAAAAAAGCAAAUCAGAAACUCCAAAUCAAACUGACCAAGGACCAAAAGUGCACAAAGAAACAGGAACCUGCAAGGAAUCAGAAAACAGAGCGGCAGCUUCUUGGAGAGCUCUAUGCUGACAAGGCCUACCUAGAAAAGCUGCUGAAGGAUGAAGAUUUGAUGAGGAGCGUCACAAAGCAGGGCGUCAAAGUGGAGGACGUGGUGCUGGGCGGCAUCGCCUACCUGGACGCGCGCGCCGAGUUCUGGCAGCAGCAGAAGCCCAUCUACGCCCGUGUGAGGGAGCGCAGGCUCAGGCAGCAGAGGUGGAUCCGGGAGAAGAAACCCAAACCAGCCGAGGUGGCCAGAUUCAUUGUGCAGAGCAUGGAGGACAUCGACAUGUUGCUCACUGGAGACUGCCCCAAAGAGAGCUGCAGGAAAGCUGAGCGUGUGCUGAAAACGAUACAAGGAUGGUCAGAGGAUGAAGUUCCCAACAAGAAGGAGCUGAUUGGGAACCUCCACAGCUGCAUUGGGAAUGCUCAGUUUGAGAUGGGGCGGAUGGAGGCAGCCCUGAAAAGCCACAAAAUGGAUCUGGAGUUUGCCAGGCAGAACAAUCUCCCUGACGCCGUGUCCAGAGCCCUCGACAACAUUGGCAGAGUUUAUGCCAGGACUGGCAAAUUCCAGCAAGCCAUCGACACCUGGGAGGAGAAAAUCCCAUUGGCAAAAUCCAGCCUGGAGAAGACGUGGCUGUUCCACGAGGUUGGCCGCUGCUACCUUGAGCUCGGGAAGGCAGAAGAAGCUCAGAACUACGGAGAGAAAUCCCUGCAGUCAGCGCUGGAGGCGGGGGAUGCGGAGUGGCAGCUCCACGCCAGUGUGCUGCUGGCGCAGGCUCAAGAAAAAUUGAAGGAUUACCGGUCUGCAAUUGCAAACUUUGAAAAAGCCCUUGAGAAGGCGAAGCUGGUGCACAGCGCCGCUGCCCAGCAGGCCAUCAUUGCUGCUUUGGAUGACGUGAGCAGAAGCUUCAUCGAAGAUCUGAAAGAAAGAGAAAGAGAAACGGAGGCUCACGCUCUGCAAGAUCACGAUUUCAGCGGUGAAAAUGCAGAAGACGACAAGUCUGAGGGACGGGAAAGUGAGCAAAGCUCGGAGAACCAAAGGGGUGAAAAAGAAGAUGCCGAGAGCAAAAAGGAAGAAGGAAGUGAGAGAGAAGAGCUCGAUGAACAAGAUGAAAAAGAGAAGGAGAGUGAAGAAGAGAGGAGCAAAAGAGAGGGGGAGGAGAGCGAAAGAAAGGAAGAGGGGAGCGAAAAAGAGGAAGAAGAAAUAGGAGACGACGAAAAAAAGCAGUUCGAUUUCCUGAGCGGUUAGAAUA